GGUUGGGUGAUUUUCCUCGCCUCUCAUUGUCGUCGCGGCUUUUCUACGUCAUUUCUCGUUCUCUCCCUUUGAUACCUUGUGGCUGUGAAUAGGAGCUGAAAGGAGCCACACGGUUAUUUCUGUUAAUACGAUCUCAGAUUCCCUUCCCUAUUUGUCUGAAAAUAGAAUGUCUUCUCUCCUCAAAGUGGACAAUGAAAUCAAAACUAAGGUUGAUGCUUUCAGAGAACGAAUCACCGGUGAAGCAGAAGACUUAGUCGCAAAUUUCUUUCCAAAGAAGUUACUGGAACUCGAUCAUUUUCUUAAGGACCCGAUCUUAAACAUCAUUGAGCUGAAAGACAUCCAUUCAGAGAUCAAUUUAUCCGUGCCUGACCCCAUCAUCCUCACAAACAGCCACGAUGGGCUGGAGCCUAACACCAAGAAGAGGAAGCUGGAAGAUGGGGCAGGAGAUGACAACUGCCAAGUGACUGGCACCAAGGUGUUUGUGAUGCCAGGGGGAAUGAUGAAGAGCAACAACAAGCUGGUGGACCUUAUUGAAAAAGUCAAGCCGGAGAUCAGAACCCUGAUAGAGAAAUGCAAUACAGUCAAAAUGUGGGUCCAACUGCUAAUCCCAAGAAUAGAAGAUGGCAACAACUUUGGCGUUUCUAUCCAGGAGGAGACGGUGGCUGAGUUGCGGACUGUGGAAGGCGAGGCGGCCUCAUACUUGGACCAGAUCUCGAGAUACUACAUUACAAGGGCAAAGCUGGUGUCUAAAAUAGCAAAAUAUCCACACGUGGAGGACUAUCGGCGCACAGUGACUGAAAUCGAUGAGAAGGAGUAUAUCAGCCUGAAGAUCAUUGUGUCGGAGCUGAGAAAUCAAUAUGUCACGUUGCACGACAUGAUCCUGAAAAACAUCGAGAAGAUCAAGAGACCAAGAAGCAGUAACGCAGAGACCCUCUACUAGGAAGAGAGGGACUCCCCGCCAGCGUCCGAGCUGCCCUGGCUGGUUUCUGAUCAAGCGGACUUGACCAAGCUGGCAUUGAACUGGCAGGGAUUCAGAAAGCACAGGAGACAUCAAGCUUUUAUUGCUAGAAUUAAAAACAACAAAAAAAAAAUGUGAUGGUUUGCGGUUUUAAACCACGGGUGUUCUUUUCCAAGAACACCCUUCGCAACUUUGACGGACACGCGUUUGGCACACGACUCGUGUGUGCCGAAGGACAGUGAUGUUUAAUUUAAAUGUUUUUUCUCUCUGGGGGAAAAAAAGCUUUUAUUAAGACGACACAAUCUGAACCAAGGUCAAUUCUGUCCCCUUUCACUGUCAAGACUUAAAUCAAGUAUUGGCACGAAAGCUGCUCCUUUUGCAGUGUGUGGCUUGAGGGAUUCGGGAGGUUCUUUUUUUCUAGAGAGAAAAGUUCUCAUUCCCCCCCCCCACAACAUAAAAGGAAUCGGAACCAGCUGGGUUUGAAAAGAAACAUGGAAAUUCCUUGUCAUGUAUCAACGUUGUGUUCAGACCAGUAUGUCCCAGAAUCACAUCGCAUUAGGGAGUCUGCUCUAUUAAAGAAGAAAAACUAGAUUGGAGUAAAUUUUUAUUCAUUCUUUUCAAGCCUCUUUUUUUUUUUUAAAUAGCUAUUUUUUGGUUUGAGUAUUGGUCAGUUACUAUUUAAACAAUGAACAAUAUUUGUUUUCAGUUUUCAAUUCGUCCUGGUUUACCACUGCAGAUGACAACUAGUAAGAAAUCUGUGUUGAGCCCCCGUUAGGCAACUUUUAGAAUCAAAUGUUGGUUUGCUAACUGCUCUGAGACAGUCAGAAGCCUGUAAAACAUUUGUCAGGUGGAAGUCCUUAUUUCCAUUUCGGUUCUGUGUGCAGUACCUUGGAGGUAGACAAAGUUUUGGUUGACUUUUUUUUUAUUUCAACAAGAUGUCGAUUCAGACAGGAGAGGUACCUGUCACUUACCUAUAUUUUAGAUAUUUUGCCCUCCAACUCAAAACAUCAUGUUAUCAGCUUCAAAAUCUAUCCGUGUUCACUUUUUUUAAUGAAAAGUCAUUAUUUUACUUAAUAAAAUUAUUUCAAAGCG